UGAGUAAAUGCAGAACUUUGCUAAAGUUUACUCAGGGCAUCUGUUCAAUGUUAGCUAUUUUUCUAAAUAAUGGCUUCACUUGCUAGGGAAAAUGAUGAGGCAGCCAAUCUCAUAUCAGCCGAUCAAGUGGUCAGUCCACAUUCUUGUCUGUCACAUGCUGGAGAUGAAACAGUAGAUCUCUAUGAUGAUAUUCCGACUGAAAUAAUUGGAGUGCACAAUAAUCCUGCUGAAAGCCAAACAUCUAAUGAGAAGGCAUCUGCUAAAAGUGUGAACUCCAAACAUUACUCUAAAACAUCAUCAGGCAAGAUAUCUACACCUGGUGCAUUUGACCUGCUAGAUGAUUGCAUCAUUGCAAAGCACACAACUGAGUUUUCUGCUGCUCAGCUUGCUGCAGAGAAUGAAUUGCUUAAAAGUGAGAUUCAUGCAAUUCGGGAGCAGUCUAAGGAACUGCAGAAAAACAUGACAUGCUUGUGGAAGACUGCACGCAUGCAGAUCAAGGAAAAAGACAACAAAAUUGUUGCAUUGCAACGAAAAUAUGAAGCUCUGGUAUUCAGACGGGCCAUGAGAAAUACAAGCAAGGAUGAUUUCGACAGAAUUGUGACAAGAAUAUCUGCCUAUGCACCAGCAGAAAUGAAAGAGUUCUGGCAGGAGAUGAAACGAGACGGAUCUGGAUUAUGUAAAAACUGUGGUGUCCAGAAUGCUGGUGGUGCUGGCGGUGGCGGGGGUGGUGGUGGUGGUAGUGGUGGUGGCAUGCCAAUUCCAAGUAACUUGUCUCAAGUGCAAGUCCACUCUGCAGUUCGAGGUCAUCAAGUGCCUGCCGUUGAAGCUGAGUCUCUGCUCCAUCUCCUGCCUGUUGAGCAACAGAAACAAGUGAGCAGUGGAGUUGUUAAUGCUAAAAAACUCCCGAAAUCUUCACUAACGAAGAAGCUCAUGAAGAUGGCUCAUUCAGAACCCAACAAUGUGAACGACACACAUUCAUCUGUCUCGCCAUCUGCUGAAUCAAAGAAGAGAAAAAGAAGCCGUAGUGACGACCGCGGAUCAAGAGAGCCUCCAAAAAGAGACUUGAGCUACGAAAGGAAAAGCCAUCACCGAUCAAGAAAUUCCGGAGAACGAGAAUCCAGCAACGUGAACGACACACAUUCAUCCGUGUCGCCAUCUGCUGAAUCGAAGAAGAGAAAAAGGAGCCGUAGUGACGACCGCGGAUCAAGAGAGCCUCCAAAAAGAGACUUGAGCUACGAAAGGAAAAGCCAUCACCGACCAAGAAAUUCCGGAGAACGAGAUCACGUUCAUGAUGAACGACCCAUAACUCCUCGUCACGUGCGGGAAACUGACACGACGAUUCCUAGUAAGAAGCCUCGAUAUCGAGAUGAAAGAACUGGCAGAAGACGCUCUCCUACUCCAGAUUCUCGUCCGCACAGAACACGUAACUCUAGUUCCGGACGUCCAUUGAGAGAUCGCUGCAGAAUUAGACCAACUGAAGACAGCCGUCGAAUUAUACAUAGACGACGUAGUCCAACUCCCAGAAAUUUCGGUUUUAGACAAAAUCAUUUUAGACAUGGAAGCAUGAAUCGCCGAGUCAAGAAUUUUCCGUUACAUUCACGCAGAAUUAGUGACAGACGAUCACGUGCCAGAUCUCCGUCUAGUAAGUUUAAGUCCACAAAACAUAAAGAUGAGAAAACGUCGGAUGGUGCACAUAAAAGCCACGACAAGAGAGAAAAGGCUCGAAGAUUAUCCAAAAUAAAGCCAAAAAUCGACGAAGUUGAUGCAUCUUCAACUUCAGUAAUAGUCCAUGCUGACAAGGAACAUCACAAUGACGAUUCUUUUCACAAUUAUGAGAAGAAAUUGUUGUCUGCAAGCAUUUCUAUUCCAAAACCUAAAAUAAGAGAGCGACAUCAGCGAGAUUCGUCAAUUGAACAUGCUGUUUCUGCGCCCUCUGAUCACCAGAAGAGGAGUUCAGAAGACAGAAAAAGUAAGCCCGCACGUCACGACAUCGAUGAUGAACGGAGACUGUCUCUUGAGCGUCAGAGGAUUUUGGCUGAAAUAAAAUUACUCGAAGAGAACAAUUCCCACCAUUCGAGGGAAUUUAAUUGUCCUGACCCGAUAGAGAACGCCGAUCUUCAAAAGUGCGUUAAUUUGAGUUCCAAAACUCGAAAUGAAGUGGACUCCCAUCACUCGUUCACUGUUCGAAAUCUGAAACCAAAACCUCUUGACACUUGUAGUGAAAACGUGCUGGUCAGACAGUGCAAAGAAGAUCAAAAUGAGGCAAUUAAAAACCUCGAUAAGGCAAUCUUAACUCAUCAAGACAUGCGAGUUCCGAAGUCUAAACAGGUUCCCCGUGAAGGAAAUGUUAAUGCAUCAUUAAAUUUUCAGCACAAUUUGGAAAAUAAAAUCAGCCAGAAGUCGAUCGCUGGCAACUCAAGUGACCUGACUACAACAUCUAGUACGUAUCCAGAUAUUGGAAAUCGGUUGAAUAGGCCUAAGGUUUUAGAAAAGAUGGAUGACACUAUUGACAAGAUACUCGUAGAAUAUUAUGAGAACAAUCGAUCCUUGAGUCCUGUGGCAUCUGAGACUUCACUAUUACAAUUCCUGGACCGGCCUCGAGCAGCCGAAGGCCCUCGGACUCCUGUUGUGACAUUCGAGAAUGUGCUUGAUCCACCUACAGAAAAGAAUGUUUUGCAAGAUCGCUCACUUUCAGAUGCUUCAAAUUUUGAACACUGUCCGAAGCGUGUCGGAGCGACUGAAUCUAAACCCGAUUUAGAAGCAAAAGAUUCAUUGUCAUCCGAUGCUAAGCUUAUCAAAAGAAUACACCCAACACCAGUCUCUUCAGGUUCCAACCUCAACGCUUCACUUCAUUCUCUUCAAACUUUCGAGUUCGUCCCGAUGAAGGAAUACACUUUGAAGCCGAAACUGCGUGUUCCAAAAUCCCGUUCCAACAUCAUUAGCUCCAAUUCCCCGAGCUUCACUAAUGAACUAAGAGAGAAGUCAGCGUGGGAGCCUCAGUCGAGUAAUGUUCCUAUGAAUCCCAUUAGUUUUGCUCAGUUUUCUGAUGAUGAGAGGGAUAUUGAAAACACAGAUUCGUUUGAUAGUGGAUCUGAAGCAUCAGAAGUAUCGAAGGAUUCUUUUAUAGCUAAAACUUCCGACGAAGAAGAAUUUAAUGUCAACAGAAGCAAGAAACUUGGAAAGGUAAGAGCAGCAAUUUCAUUGCUAAAUACUGACCUCGAGCUAUCUAAUGACAACACAACAAACAUGUCUCCUAAAAAAAUUAACUCCGGAACACCGAUCAAGAACAACAAAAGCUCAAAUAAUUCUGAAAAAUUGUUGGAAUCUCCCGCCAAAAACACUCGCAGCCAAUCAGCGUUACGGAAUUCUGCCAGCAGGGUGACUAGAAACAGCGUCUCACCGACGAAACCUGCCGACAGAAACAAAAAUUCUUCACCCAAGAAAAAUUUAACGCCCAGAAAAGCUCGAAUGAGUGCAGAAACUGUGGAGAAAUCGGCUACCAACGGAUGUUCAGCAAAUAAUAUUGUAACUAUUUCAUCAGUCAGUAAUUCCGCGGAUUCAUGUUCUUCAUCUUCUUCUAAUAGUUCAUCUACGUCAUCUUCAUCGACGUCGACAUCGUCUUCUUCUAGUUCAUCUACAUCAAGCGCUUCUAAUUCAACAGUGCUGAAGCGCGACGCUGCGUUGAUUCACGAAGCUGAUAGAAUGGCCAACUCUGCUAACGGCCUUGAAGCGAAUCACAAGCUACAGGAAAAUUCGAGUGGCAUUGUUGAUAACAAUCUAUCUUUGACCGAAGGUGGCAAUGAAGCGGUCACUUUUGGUCAGGAAACUCGACAAACUUCGACUUUAGUUGGCAGUGAAGUGGUCAAUUUUGGCCAGGAAUGUGAUAGCAAUAUGGCGGAAAAGGACCACACUAAAAGAUACAAUCCAACUUUGCAAUCAAAGAUGGAAACUUUAUUUGGCUCUGAUUGCAGUGAUAAGAGCCUCCCGGCUACAGAAAAUUGCAGUUCUUCUCCAGGUGGCGCAAAUAAACUGGAAUGUGACACGAGCUUUACAAAUGACAGUCAAUCUCAGAGAAUUAAUGCCAAUACGGAAGUUCUGAACACUUCUCUUACCGACCAAGCAACGCUCUCACCAGAAAUUCAAGAUUGCGACUCUCAAGAAAGCAAAAUCUUCGUAAAAAAACUUAGGUGGUCUAAACAAAGGAAAUGCGCGGUAAUGUCUCGUAGUUUCGCAAAUCCCAAAAAUGUCAUAAACAUUCGCUAUCAUGAUGAACCGUCGAUACCUGUUGAAUCGGAAAAGCGUCAAGCUGUUGAUAAUGACUCCGAUGUUUCAAAUGUGUCUAAUCAUUUAUGCUCUUCGGCCUCUUUGUCUCAAACAAGUUUAUACGAGAACCAAACUCCUAUUCCAGCAGGGAACAAGAAUCAGAUCGAGUCUCACAAGAAACAGACUAUCCAAACACCUACCAUCUUCAACGUUAGGAAAAAGAUUUUAGUAACGCCUGAAGUAGUAGUACACCGAGUUCGAAGGAGACCAGUAAUCUUGUCGGCUUCUCCAAAAGUUUCAAGUGAUUUCAUUACUCUCGUAUCUCCUUCGUCUGUCCCUCCUACCGUCCCUUCAUCAUCGUCCGUCCCUUCAUCAUCUUCCGUCUCUUCAUCAUCGUCCGUCCCUCUUACCGUCCCUUCAUCAUCGUCCAUCCCUCUUACCGUCACUUCAUCAUCGUCCGUCCCUCUUACCGUCACUUCAUCAUCGUCCGUCCCUCUUACCGUCACUUCACCUUCUACCACAAAACAUUCGCAAACUGAGCGACCUCUAGAAUCAUCUUCGCUGUCGACUUCGGGUUACAGUAGUUCGACUUCUAAUGCCCCAAUUACGACAAAUAAAUCCCGAAAAUCGCGACCGAUUUCUCCCAGUCAUGAAACGACCUCUUCUUCAGCUUCAAAACCCACCGCGUUACAGUCAUCUUCUUUCUAUUCGUCUUUUAAAAUCCCUAAGAAAUCGCUAGUAACGGCUAAUGAUGAUCAGGUUAUCAGGUCCACAACUCGUGCAUCGAAUUCUGUGACUCGCAGUAUCGAAUUCUCGGACUGCAGUAAUGUUACUCAGAAAGAUGUAUCAUAUCUUCAAAGCAAUUCAAAUGUCUCUUCUCCCACUGUUGGGAGCGGCGAGAUUGUGAAAAUUUUGAAGCUGCGUGGUAAAAGAAGACCAAAUUUUGGUACAUCCAAAUCCUGCCUCAAUAAAUAAUUAGUAAUCCGAUGCAAGUUUUAUAGAUUCUUCAGAAGCAGAUAUGUGCAUUACUUCGUUUUGAUCCACGUGGUUGUUCUAUCCAUUCUUAAUCUUUUCCAAGUUGAAUAUGUACCGACGUAACCAUUCCAAUCAUUGUUUUUUUUUUAAAUUAGAAGGAUACACUUUCUCUUAUGUUGUUGAUGGAAACGUCAUCCAUCUUCCAACCAUUCUUAAUCUUUUCCAUGUUGAAUAUGUAACGACGUAACCAUUUCAAUCAUUGAUUUUUACAUCGCAAGGAUACACCUUCUCUUAUGUUACACCUUAUGAUACACCUUCUUCUCAAUAUUAUUUAAUAUGCAUGUUCCAAAAAUUUAUGCCCCUAUACGAUGUUCUUGAACUCCUGCUAAACUAAUUAUCACAAAAGAAUAAAGUGGCCAUCAAGAGACUCUAGAACGGUGGGUAGAUUUGUUAGAUUUUUUAUCGAGCAAGCUGGUAUGU